AUGAAGCUCCGCAACAAGGCGGCGGCGCUGCUCCUGCUCGCGCUGGCCGCGCUCCUGCUCGCGGGGCUGUCCCUGCGCGCCCGCCGCGCCGCGCCCCGCGCGCCGCUCGCUCGCCCCGCGUCCGCCCCGCCGCGCCGCCCAGCGCCGGCCCCCGCGCGCCUCCCGGGCCCGGGUGCCCUCCCGGGGGCGGUCCAGAGCGCUCGCCGGCGCCGGCCUCCGCGUCCGCGCCCCCGAGCCAGCCGUCGGGGCGCCGAGAGCCUGAAGAAGUUGGCGAGGAGGCCUGGAGAACUCCGGAGUUUCCAAGCUGUGCUGCCCCCCGAGCUCUGGAUCCACCUGGCCGUGGUGGCCUGUGGCAAUCGGCUGGAGGAGACGCUGGUCAUGCUCAAAUCGGCCGUGCUCUUCAGCCACAGGAAGAUGCGAUUUCACAUCUUCACCGAAGAAUCUCUGAAGUCCGAGUUUGACAAGCAGCUACGACAGUGGCCAGACUCAUAUACAAAGAAGUUUGAGUACAGAAUCUACCCCAUCACAUUUUCGGUUGGAAACCCUCAGGAAUGGAAGAAAUUAUUCAAACCGUGUGCUGCCCAGAGACUCUUUCUUCCGGUGAUUUUAAAGGAUGUGGACUCCCUUCUCUACGUGGACACCGAUGUUCUCUUUCUGAGACCUGUUGAUGACAUCUGGAAGCUUCUGAGGCAAUUUAAUUCCACGCAGCUUGCGGCCAUGGCCCCCGAGCAUGAAAUCCCCAAGAUCGGCUGGUACAGCCGCUUUGCUCGGCACCCUUUCUAUGGCUCUGCGGGAGUUAACUCAGGAGUCAUGCUGAUGAACUUAACUCGAAUAAGAAGUGCCCAGUUCAAGAACAGCAUGAUUCCAACAGGCUUGGCUUGGGAGGACAUGCUAUACCCUCUGUACCAGAAGUACAAGAACGCCAUCACGUGGGGAGACCAGGACUUAUUAAAUAUUAUUUUUUAUUUCAACCCAGAGUGUCUGUACGUGUUCCCCUGCCAGUGGAACUACCGUCCUGAUCACUGCAUGUACGGAAGCAAUUGCAGAGCGGCCGAGCGGGAAGGCGUGUCUGUCCUGCAUGGGAACCGAGGCGUCUACCAUGAUGAGAAGCAGCCAACUUUCAAAGCGCUCUAUGAAGCAAUCCGAGAUUUUCCCUUUCAAGACAAUCUCUUUCAAUCCAUGUAUUACCCUCUUCAGCUGAAGUUUUUGGAGACUGUGCACACUUUAUGUGGACGAAUCCCACAAGUUUUUCUGAAGCAAAUUGAGAAAACCAUGAAAAGGGCUUAUGAGAAACAUGUCAUCAUCCAUGUUGGCCCGAACCAGAGGCGCUGAGUAUUUCCCAUUGUCUCGAGUCAAUUAGGCAUCUCAUGAACGAGGAAAUACUCAUCUGCAAGCUGCCUGGAUCUCUUUUAUGUGAAUAUUUCAUGGUGCUCUAUGACAACUAAGUUUAAAAAGACUUGUUAAAUGUUGCUAAAUCAGUUGCCCCUAAAUGGAAAUAUGCUUUAAUUUUUUUCUAAAGUGCUAUUUAUCUCUCUGUUUUUUUGAAAAAAUGGUAUUUUUGCUCACUUAACACUGUUGAAGUAGGUCGAGCUAGCUGUGAAAAGGAACUCUUGUGAGCCUUCUGAUUCCCAAGUGUCUGAGGCAAUGUCAGUGGCAUCUAAUGUGGCACAUUUUAUCCACUUCUCUUGAGACUCUCUCUAUGCAAUGGGUUCGCCCCACCCCUUGUUAUAAAAGUAAUACAUGCUUGUUGUAAAACAAAUUUUUAAAACUUAUAGAGAAUAUAUAGGUCAUUGGACCAAAAUCAAGAUGAGAUUAGCCAUAAUCCUAUUAACCAGGGAAAAAGAUUUUUAUUUUAGUGUAGUCCCUUCUAGACUUUUUUUCCCUACUUUUAUAUUUACUUGCGGUUGUCUUUUCCAUCGUAUAAACAUGUAUCUAAAACAGGUAGUCUAAGUGAAAGUGGGACCCUAUGCUGAGAUUUUUAUGUAGGAGACUAAAAAUUUAGACAAAAGGAUGAUGCCUGCAACCCUUUAUUUAAAACACGUCUGGGACAGAGAUCAGGGUUAGGAGACCGACCACCUGAGACGAGAUUAAGGGAGCACAAGCCCUGCUCACACCCUAAUCUUGUCAGAGGUCCCACCUCACCAUUGUUAUAAAACCCCUCAUCAAAUCCUCUGGGGUGGGGACACAUAGUUUUUCAAGGCAGGAGUCUGCUGUAUCCCCCCUUUGCCUGGCAAAGCAAUAAAGCUAUCCUUUUCUACUUCAAAAAAAUACAUCGGGGAGAAGCAUUCGGAUUUUAGCUAAUUGGGCAGUGAUAAAGGAUGAAGCAUAUCUGGGGCUGUUUUUUAAGAAAAAUUGUUCAGAUUUUUCCAAAUCGUAAGACAUGUCUAUGCAGCCACAGCUUCUGAAAGGAAAUUCAGUAAUUGUGUUAAACCUAAACGGUCUAUUUAGCAGAGAUGUGAUUUUGUGCUGACCCAGAGACAAAAGCAUUUUAUCUCUUACUUUGGUAGGUGUGGCCUUCUCUCUUUAAACUCUUGGAAAAUAGGUGGAAAUUAAAGGCCGACUUGGAAUGUAAUGUGUACAUAUACAUAGUUCAGUGGAUUCCACUGACCAGAAAAUUCAUCUUCCCACCAGCCUUAGAAAGGUCUCUCAAAUUUUUUUUUUCUUCUCGAGGGUAUUCUAGCUGUUAGCCAAGGUGUGUCUUAUCACCUAGCUACAGUAGAGGAAGUUCGGUAUUCUUUCCCCAAAGGAAUCAAAGUUAAUCCCUAGUUGCUCCUGUAGCUGCUAUUAGCAUAAGGGCAUUUUGCAUAAUGCUUUAUUUAUCUCAAAAAACGUGUGCUUAAAUGAUCUCCUUGAUGUUUGCAACAACUUAGUGAACUUAGUAGGGGCCUGUAUCAUCUCCACUGGGCAAAUAAGGAAAUUGUAAUACAAAGAAACAAAUAUAUUCCAUAUAAUUACUGUUCUGUAAGGCACACAGAUGUGUAUAGGAUACAUCCCGUUUCACAGAGAAAUUUUUGAAAACAAAAAUAUUAAAUAUUUUUCAUCACAUAUAGACAAUGAUCUGAAAGUAUAAAAUGAAAAUUUUUGUUUUGGUAAUGCAAAUAUGGUAUCCGAUAUAUUGGAAUCCCGUAGGAUAUCAUAGGUUCUAUAAUAGCAGAAAAGGUCUUACCCUGAAAAAAAUAUAUGCAAGUCUCAGCACUACCGAAGAAUAUAUAGGUAUCAGUCAAUAUUAGUAUGCAGCACCAUUAUGGUAGUAACAAAUUUAAAUCUAAAAUGGUUGAGUAAUAACCCAUACUUUCCUUUUGAUAAGUUGGGUGACCUGUGGUUUGUUAUUUUUGUUAAGGGAAAUUACCAUUAUGAUGUGAAACUCUUAUCUUUGCUGUUGUAUUUUAUGUUUCCUCAUUUUACCACUGAAGGUGACAUCAUUCAUUAUUUGAUUUCUAAAGCAUGUGGGGGGAAUUUCGGGAUUGUGUUUUGGACGGGGAAAAUGCAUUCUGUAUCCCAAAAAUAGGAUUUUGGUGAAAGAGCCAGGAUGUGGAGAUGAUUCCCUGACUUCCAUUCCAGUUUUCUUUCUCCUUGUUCAGCACAGCCAGCAAACCCCACAGAUGUCACUCAGAUUUGCUGGCGGCUCACAGACCUAAAGAAGUUCCUUUCCUCCUUUGGCAAGUCCCACAAAAAAUCUGCAGAUAAAGACAUGGCAUACAGCAAUUCCUUUUCUUUUAUGAGAGUCAGGUUUACCCACAACUCUCAAUUGUGGGUUCUAGUCUGAAGAUGCAAAUAGGAUUUCCAGCAAAGGUCAGUGAUAGAACUCUAGAACAUUCUAGAAUGAUGCAUUAUGAGACUGUGAAGCCUUAGAAUUUGGUGUGGUUUUCUGCCUGGGAAUUCCUUUGCUGUAUCCUGAAAUGUUAGGUGAGUUCGGUGGAGAAUUUAGAAAAACUCUGAUCUUCUAAUCCCCAUGCCACAAAGUGCUAAUUAUUUCUUAUAGUUAGGACGUUGCCAUGAGGCAGUAUUUUCUCUGCCUGUGAUAAUUUCCAGAAAGCUACGACAUUAGCGCCUUUGAAAUAUGAUAACCACAAUUUGAAUUCAGUGGACUCCUGAAACAUGCAGUCCGUGGUCUGAAGUUUGCCAAAGGUUACAUUGCCCCCUUUGGCACAUCGAAUCUGUGGGAUGACCAUGAGACGGGGUCUCUUCUGUCCUCCUAUCUUCUCCUGUCCUCUCCUUGUUUCCUUUAAAAUUCUGUUUAAGGCAUGACUACAGAGUUCCACUGGAGAAUGAAAGAACACUUUCUAAUAGCAAAGUGUAGUUUUUUGGGGGGUUUUUUUUUGUUUUUUUUUUUGCGGUACGCGAGCCUCUCACUGUUGUGGCCUCUCCCGCUGCGGAGCACAGGCUCCGGAAGCGCAGGCUCAGCGGCCAUGGCUCACGGGCCCAGCCACUCCGCGGCAUGUGGGAUCUUCCCGGACCGGGGCACGAACCCGUGUCCCCUGCAUCGGCAGGCGGACUCCCAACCACUGCACCACCAGGGAAGCCCAAAGUGUAGUAUUUUUGUGUGCAUGGAUAUUAGAACUUUCAAUAGCAGGGUCACUAGAAAUGCUGACCAUGUUUUUCUUGCUGAGUUUUUCUUUUCCCAAUAUAAAUCUCUGAAAUUGUGACUUACAUCAGAAAUUCCAGUAUUUGAAAUAUUAACUGGCUAGAAAAUCUAAGUUUUCUUUCAACUUCCAAGACAAUUUAGCAUUUAGGAUAUAUUGCUCCAAGCUUAACUAUUUAUUUGAAACGUUUAUUCCAUAUUAAGUGUUUCCACUGCAAAUUGUUGUGACUUUUACUGAAUUUAUUAUUGAAAUGGAUAUUUAUACAGACUUAUAGAAGUUUGUGAGUAUUUAUUUCAUUGCAGUUAUGGUGUUUAUAAAACAAGCAAACUGUACAAAACCUUACUCACAGUCACAAAAUAGUGAUCCAAUAAUGGAAUAAUCACUCCAACCCACCCUGAAUAUGCCGCAACAUACGUACAGAUUUAGGGUUAUGUAUAAAUAUUGCCUGAUACUUAUACAAAAAAGAUAAAUCGCAUGUAUUGGAUAAACCAAAAUGAAUAUGAUUUCAUGACUGAAUUCAGAAAUAUGUUGAAUGCCAUGAGAGUACAAAUCAUUAUAUCCUCAUUUAUUAGUAUGGUAAGCAAGCUUUUUUAUGUCUUUCUGUUUCUCUCCUACUUUUUCGUCUUCCUCUUUUUCAUUUUUUCCUUUCCCUUCCUGUCUUUGAUGUUAGCUUCUCAGUGGUACCAAGAUGCUUUGCAUUAGUGGCAGAGCCAGAGCACUUGGGGAUCCCUGUGCAGGCAGAACUAACUUCUAAUCCUGAAAUCAGAUCUUUAUGAUGAGAAUUUUCCAAAAAUUAAAAAAAAAAUGUACACAAUACGUACAGACAGACAGACAGACACACACACACACACACACACACCCUCAUAUGUUUUUAAAGAAAGACCCAGCAUCUAUUGUGCCCUGUGAACUGAAGAAUCAUAGAUGGUGACACCUUAGGUGAUAUCAUUUCACAAUUGCCAUGCUGGCGUUUAAAAAGCUGAUGAGAUUUCUCUGGCAAACAGAGAACUUUUCACAGGUCAGAACUGGAAAUAUUCUCUUGUGUCUUCAAGAUAAAGCACUUUGUUUGUAUCACCAUAUGCAUGAACAUAUAAGAAUCAGGUGCAAUUUCUGCUUCAUCAGUUUUACAUGUUUGUGUUGUCACUGCAAAGUGCACCCAUUGUUAUAGCUCCCAAGGAGAAGCUGAAUGCAUUUUUUAUGUUGGAAAACUUAUUUUUUAGUGAUUUUUCUUUGGGACGAAAUGAGCGUAUGAAAGAACACUCCAAAGAAAAGGAAUUAUUACAGCAAAUUAAAAGGAACAUAAGUAUUAUGAUUUAAUUACUAUCUUGUCUUUAUAAAUGCCAUCUCCUGUUUUACUUUUUUUUAAUUAAAAGCU